CCUUUACAGGAUCCCUGCUGUCCCUGUGCAGGAUCUCUGCUGUCCCUGUACAGGGUCUCUGCUGUCCCUGUACAGGUCCACGGGUGCUGGAUGUGUUGGGCUGUGGCCGUCCCGGGGGAGCCGUGGCCGUGCUGUGCUGUGCUGCCAGCGAUGAUUCCCCGCUGACAGGGUGCUGUUGGGCUUCUCUGGGUGCCGAGGGCCUGUUCCCAGGGCACGGGCUCGCUCUCAGGAGCAGUUCCUCUGCAGGCUGAGCGGCAUCGACUGCAGCUGGGGAUGGUUCCGCUGUUACCCGUGGUGAGGCUGAGGUAGGAGCUGGGCCAUGGAGGCUGCACCGGGGCCAGCACCUCCCCUCUGCCCUCCGUAGCCCAGCAGCCGUCGGUGGCUACCUUGGCGGGCCACCAUGGAGCAGCCCACACGUGUGCCUGGGCCCCGCCGGCUUCUGGGCUGCUUCAGGCGGAAGCCACAGACCAUCGAGGGGGAAACACCACCACAACCGGAGCCAGAGCCAGAGGAACCCGAGGAGACACGCAUCGUGCUGCCCCUGGGUGAGAGCCAGGCGCUGGAGGAGUGUCCCCUGUGCCUGCUGCCCCAGCCCCCCGAGGCCUUUCCCAGCCUGGCCUCCUGCUCCCACCGCUCGUGCUGGGCCUGCCUGGAGCGGUACCUGUGCCUCGCUGUGAGCGAGAGCCGCGUGCCGGUGUCGUGCCCGCACUGCCCCGCUGCGCUCCAGCCCGCCGAUGUGCACCGGCUCCUGCCCCAGCCCGCCCUUCGGGACAAGUACGAGGAGUUCCUGCUGCGACGGCUGCUGGUGGCUGAUCCUGGCACCCGCUGGUGCCCCGCACCUGACUGCAGCUACGCUGUCUUUGCCCACGGCUGUGCUGAGUGUCCCCGCCUCACCUGUGGGCGUGAGGGCUGUGGCACCGAGUUCUGCUACCACUGCCGGCAACCCUGGCACCCUGACGGCCCCUGUGCACCACCGGCCCCCAGCCUGGCCACCCCCACAGCCCAGCAGGAGGAGGUGGCCCAUGCUGAGGCUGAGGACAUCAAGGUCUGUCCUCGCUGCAGCGCCUUCAUCAUGAAGAUCAACGAUGGGAGCUGCAACCGCAUGAACUGCACGGUCUGUGGGUGCCUCUUCUGCUGGCUCUGUCUGCGGGAGAUCUCUGAUAUGCACUUUCUCAGCCCCUCUGGCUGCACCUUCUGGGGGAAGAGGCCGUGGUCACGGACCCGGAGGAUCAUGUGGCAGCUGGGCAUGGUGCUGGGAGCCCCCAUGGUCAUCUCUCUUGCUGCGGGUGUUGCUGUCCCUGUCAUUACCAUUGGGAUCCCCAUCUACAUGGGUAGGAAGGUGCUGGGCCAGAGCCGGCGAAGCAGUCACUCCGGGUGCCAGCAGUGCCUCUCUGUCACCAGCAGUGUCCUCCUCUCUCUCUUCGUGUCCCCUAUCAUAACAGCUCUCACUGUGGGUGUUGGCGUGCCCCUGGUGCUCACCUACGUGUACGGGACCGUGGUGCUGUCGCUGUGCCGGAGCCGCUGGGGCUGCAGGGGCAGCCGCACGCCUGGAGACCUCGGCAUGGUGGAGCUGGACAACCUGACCAAACUGAAUGAGCUGUGGUCAGUGCUGCCCAGCCCCAGACCAGGUGAGGACGGAGCUCCAGACCCCGCUGCCUCCAUCCCCAGCAGCAGCCGCAGCCCGCGCCCGGGGCCAGCGUGGCCGGAAGGGGACAGCCAGUCAGCCAGCACAGUGGCCCUUGCUGGGAGUAUGCUGAGUGAGGGCCAGGACACCUCUGACAGGGAAGGUGUUACCAUCGAGGUGGAGGUGUCGGUGGAAGCAGUGCCACGUUCUGCCCGGCAGCAGAGCCUCAGCAGUGCCCUGUCUGGGCAGAGCCUCUCUGGGGACUCCCUGGGAGCCACCAGUGACAGGGGCAGCUCCGUGGGUGUCCCUGUGGAGUGAUGGGGACCUGAGGAGAGUCUGGAUCCACACACAGGCCCUGUGCCCUCCUGUGGCAGAGCCAGUCCCCUUCUGCCAGCAUGCCUAGCCCUGGGAGCUGGGUCCUGGGUGGGUGCCAGCUGCACCCAGCACUGCCACACCCUGCAGUAGCCCUGUCUGCCCCGUUCCCAGAGGCACUACUAGGAAAUAAAGCUGCUUUCUGAGGGUC